UUAACUUAACUGAGCGCACUUACUCUAUUUUCCAUUUCCCCUAAAACCCCACCAAACCCUAAACAGCGUAUCCCAACGAAAAUGGCUUCUGACACAGUGGGUAAUGGCAGUCUGGUCCCCUUCACCGGAGACUCAGCGGCAGUAUACCCUCUGCACCACGGCCUCCCCCUUCCUAUUUCUCGCCUCUCCAUCUCCUGGUCGCGUGGCAACACUCUCCGCCUCUCCCUCUUCGCCGGAGCAGCCGCCAAGGUCGUCGAAGUUAAGGUCAAUUCUGAAGAUUCCGAGAUCCCCGAUGCUCACUGGCGCCGAAUUGCAUAUGGCUCCGUUGCGCCCUUCGCGCUCCUUCAAAGCCAACGGAGCUCUAUUUCUUCGCUCUUGAAGACUCCAUCUCCGUAUCAUUCAGAUUGGUGGGAGCAUGUGCUUCAGUAUAGCAAGGAGAUAGGUACACUUCUUGGGGGGUCAAAGUUGACCAAUAGUCCUAUAAUUGAGGGCCCAAACAUACUUGUUAAGACAGAUGAGAUGCCAACUUGUUUGCAAGCUGCGUGGGAGUUAAUUGAAAUAUUUUAUGUGGACAAGCAAUCUCAAGCAUGGCUACCUGAAAGGCUUGUUGAUUGGUUAGCUGAUUAUGACAGCCUCUUUACUAGUACACAUGAAACAAUUCAUGGAAAGCUUGUGGAUUUUCAGAAAGAGCUGGGCAACAUACAGGUGAUUGAGGAUGAUCCCAGGUAUUGGGACUUGUUGUCAUCUGCACUGUCAGUUGGUUGGCUUGAUGUUGUGGUGAGAAUGCUGCGGUUGCACGGAUCUUACCAAUUAGAUCAGCUCAGUAAUCGGGAGUUAGAAAAUGGGCUUGUGGAGGCUGUUGCUGUUCUUAUUUCCAAAAUGCCCCGCUUGCGUCCUGAAUCUGAUGGAAAAUUAGGUGAUUGCUAUAAAUCCAAGCCUGACUUUAUCAAGGCCUGGGAAAAAUGGAGGUCACAAAUCACAAAACUGGAUCACAGUCCAUUCUGGAUUCAGUGUGAUAAUCAACAAACUCAUGAGGGCUUGAGAAACUUGCUACAGAUUAUGCUGGGUAACAUCGAGAGUCUCUGCUUGGCUACAUGUUAUUGGAUUGAGUUAUAUAUUUCUCAUUUUCUAUACAUCAGGCCAUUUACAAUGGGAAUAGAAAGCAUGUAUAAUUUGGCCGAGAAAUGCAUCCAGUUGAAACCACAAUCUAGUAUACAUAGGUUGACAGGACUUAUGAUUGGAAUUCUUGAAGAAAAUACUGAGGUUGUUUUAGCAGAGUGUUCCAGAGAAUUUGGCCCUUGGUUGGUGGCACAUGCCAUUGAAUUGUUGACUACCGGGAGUGAGCAAUCAGAGAUUCUUCUGCAUGAGGAUCGUUAUAACUUGGGGGGAAUCAGCAUAGUGGAGCUACAUCGGCUUGCAUAUGCUCAAAUUCUGUCAUCACAUGCAUUGACCUGGCAAAUAGCUCCAAUAUAUUUAACAUCAUGCAUGAAGCAAGGAAUGGGAUUGUUAGAGAAUUUAUUGUACAGGCAAUCUGUUCAACAUAAUGAUGUGUUGCUUAAGAAUAUUGAGAUAUGCCGUUUGUAUGAGCUUGAUCAUAUCAGUUCAAAUAUCAUGAAGAUUGCUGGAGUAUACCACUGGAAGCAUGGCCAUAAGGGUGCCGGAGUAUUCUGGCUUCAACAAGCCCAAGACAGAAGUUGUCUAGAUAGGAUUGCCCAACAGUUAUUUGAUUCAGUUGGAAAGUCAAUAUCUGAUGAAAGCUUCAAGAAAUGGGAAGGCAUGAUUGAACUAUUGGGCUCCGAAUCUAACCCUGCCGGAGGUCUUGAAUUUUUGCACAAGUAUAGGGAUUUCAAGAAAUCCCUUAAGAAGGUAUCUGGUGGAAAAUCAACUGAUGCAGCCAGGCAAGCUGUAGGCUCACUCAUACUGGUGGUCAGUGUCAUUGACCAAGAAACCAAAGUUCUACAGAUGCAGCCCAUGACAGAUAGUUCUUCCCAUUCAACUUUUCUAUAGUAAUAGUAUGUGUACCAGCAAUAGCAAGGGCAGGUCCUGAAGCAGCCAUGGAAGAAGACAAGAAAUAGAGACAAGGAGAAGGAGAUGAAUAGUGACCGCGACCCAAACAACCACUUGGAACAGUACACAAAGGUCUAAAACAGACCCAGAAAGUGUAGACAAGUACAACACUGGCUCGUGGCGGACUUCCGGCAACCAGAAGGCAGGGCAUGAGAUACAUGCUCUUGGCAGAACAAAAACUUGGGGUAGCGCGUGCGGGCGCGUGGUGGCUUCGAUGCCCUCGAAACCAAUAGGGUUGGUCGCUCUCAAUGAGGCGCACCAAACCCUAAGGUUGCCGGAAAAGUUAGUCACCGGCGACCGGUGGCGGAGGACGGUGGAGGACAGCAGCGGACGCGCGGCGGACAGCGGCGAAUGACAGAGCGGGAUCGGACCCGCUCUGAUACCAACUUGAAUGUUAGGAUCUAAGAAAAAUAGUGUGUAUGACACACUUUGCUUUCCUUUUCUCUAUAUAUCAAUAUAGAAGAUUGAGUACAUAGAUUGGAAAGGCCUAGGAGUCUAAGACAUCACAUCAGACAUACAAAAGAAAUAUUAAUAAAUAGAAAAGGCUUUUCUAAUAAGCUAUUCUAACAUAGGAUUUACAAGAAAUUAUUGUAAUCAAUGACCUUUGGUUAUAGGUUCAACCUGUUGACACCAUAGCAAAUAAUUCUUCAAAUCAAGCUUGUCUGAAACAGUGAGAGAAUGUAAUGGCAUUUGAAGCAAUAUCCAUGAGAGGUGGCGGGGAAGGAGGAGGAAAAAGCGGAAGUUAUGGGUGAGAGAUCGACCUUGAUCUCGAUACUAUAUUGAGAGGAUUGAAUUUGUAUUAUUAAUCUGGUGAAAAAUAAUUUUCACUUAAUGAUACAAGAAAGAGAUGCAUCCUUAUAUAGAUCCUGAAGUAUACAUGACAAGCUUACAAAAGGAGCUAACUAAGUAACUGAUAACAAAUAACUGACAAAUGCUUAGAAGAGAAGCUAACUAACUAACAAAACAGCCAUUUACAAUACAACAGCCCAUACAGAAAAGAUAUAACAGAGUAAAAUGCUAUAUACUCUAAUAAUAUUUUUUAACAAAAUUAUUUUUUUGUUGUUACAUUUUAAUUUUUAAAAAUUAAAAAACUAUUGACUUCUUUCUGCCCGCUUUCAUGGCUCAUUUGGAGGAAAUAAUUUUUUGUGGGACCCACAACAUUUGCUUCUUAUUUUCCCCUUAAACAGACAUCAGAAAUUUGGUAUUUUCCCCUAUUUCCUUCCCGCUGAAUUUGCUGAAGCGAGUACGGGGAUUUAAUGACCAGUUUAUAUGGAAUAAAUCAUGAAUGUCUCACAGAAUGACAGCAUGAGAGACUGGAAUUACCAGCAAAAAACAAGGUUAAAACCAAAUGCAGUAUACCGGUUAAAUUUCUCUCUAGUGUUGGAUAGUCCUUUCUAUUUUGCCACCUCUUUAAUAUCUGUUAUUAGGAAUAUUAAAAGACACAACAAGUUGGGGGUUAAUUUUUGGAGGGAGAAAGGAAGAGAAGAGCCCAGAAUGAGAGCUAUGCAAUGAUCACUUUCAGUUGUUUCAGCAUUGUUCCUUGUACUUCCAUGUCAAUCUCUUAACCCCCUUGUUGGGGGUCCAGAGAUAGGGGAAUUUUGUGGAUAAAUUUUUCAUAUACCAAAUUCUGAUAAAGUCCUAUUGGCUAUUAGUUAGCUUACUAAUUCAAAAUGUGAUAUUUCGUUUCAUU